CAAUGACGUCAAAAGAAUGCGACGCACGUGUGAACGCUGUGAGGAGGAAACAUGGCCGCGGAGAGGCUGCAGUUUCAUGAAAUGGGCUUAGACGACCGUCUGUUAAAGGCGGUUGCAGAUCUGGGUUGGUCCCAGCCCACUCUGAUUCAAGAGAAAGCCAUCCCCUUGGCUCUGGAGGGGAAGGAUCUUCUGGCUCGAGCCCGGACUGGAUCUGGGAAAACGGCAGCAUAUGCUGUCCCCGUUAUACAGCGCAUCCUGACCUCCAAACAGAGCGUUCGUGAGCAGGACGUCAGAGCUUUAAUCCUGGUACCAUCCAAAGAGUUGGGUCAGCAGGUCCAGACCAUGAUAAGACAGUUGACCUUCUUCUGCUCGAGGGACGUCCGAGUCACUGACAUCUCUGGCAAAGCUGAUCUGUCAGCGCAAAGACCCAUCUUAAUGGAGAAACCUGACGUGGUGGUGGGGACGCCAUCCCGUGUGCUCGCCCACCUCAACGCCCAGAACCUGGUCCUGCACUCCUCCCUGGAGAUGCUGGUGGUGGACGAGGCUGACCUGCUCUUCUCUUUUGGCUUUGAGGCUGACUUGAAGAACUUGUUGUGCCAUUUACCGAAGAUCUACCAGUCUUUCCUGAUGUCGGCUACUCUCUCUGAGGAUGUCCAGGCCCUAAAGGAGCUGCUGCUGCACAACCCUGUGGUCCUGAAGCUGCAGGGCUCUCAGCUCCCCGACAGCAGCCAGCUGCAGCAGUACAGCAUCAAAUGUGAGGAGGAGGACAAAUUCCUGCUGAUCUACACGCUGCUGAAGCUGCAGCUGCUUCAGGGAAAGACACUGGUGUUUGUGGGAGCCGUGGACCGAUGCUACAGACUCAAACUGUUUCUGGAACAGUUUGGGAUCCCUGCCUGCGUCCUCAACUCCGAGCUGCCCGUCCAGUCCAGGUGUCACAUCAUCACCCAGUUCAAUCAGGGUUUUUACGACUACAUCAUCGCCACGGAUGAGCAGAGUUUGGCCGACCCCGCUGCUGCUGCUGCACAGACGACAGCAGGCAAAGAGAAGAAGAAGAACACAGAGAAAGGGGGAAAGGCAAAAGGUAAGGAGUACGGAGUCUCCAGAGGUGUGGACUUCCAAAAUGUCUCCAAUGUCAUCAACUUUGAUUUCCCUGCAACUGUAGAAUCCUACAUUCAUCGAGUUGGAAGAACAGCGAGAGCAGACAAUCCUGGGACCGCUCUGUCCUUCAUCUCCCACACAGAGCUCGAUCUGCUGUCGGAGGUGGAGGAGGCGCUCACAGGAGAUAAUGCUGAGUCUGUCCUGAAACCUUAUGAGUUUAAGAUGAAAGAGAUUGAAGGCUUCAGGUACAGGUGCAGGGAUGCAAUGCGUUCAGUGACAAAGCAGGCAGUGAGAGAAGCACGACUGAAGGAGAUCAAACAGGAGCUGCUUAACUCGGAGAAACUGAAGACGUAUUUUGACGACAAUCCCAGAGAUCUGCAGCUGCUCCGACACGACAAAGACCUCCAUCCUGCUGUGGUUAAACCUCACUUGAAGAACAUACCUGAGUAUCUCGUUCCUCAGACACUGAAAAGUGUGGUGCAUCCACUGUCAAGCAGGAGGAAGAAGAGGAGGGAAAAAUCCAAUCCAAUAGGAAUCAGCAAGACCAGUUUCAAGAAGAACAUCAAGGGGAAGAACCCACUGAAGAGUUUCCGUUACACCAGAGGCAAAAACAUAAAAGGCAAAGCGGGCAAGUCAUAGAAAUAGAGUCAUGGAGGACGCCUGAACCAGUCCUUGAUGUUCCACCUGUGCAGACACUCACCUGGUCGGGUCUCCACUGUUGGAACAGGUGAGACAGAUACAGACUGUAUGGAGCUGAUGAAGCUAGAAGGACUGCGGACAAAAUGGACUUAAGAAAAUGCACAUUCAAAAACUAUAAACCCAUUAUUGUAUGUGUUAUCUCAUUUUUAAAACGUCCGUUCUGCUAAACUGAAAAUGUUUCUUAAAAUAAAAUCCUUUAACACAGCA